CAUAGUAAAUUUAUGUUUUCAAUAAAAAAAAAUCAUGGCAUAUUCCAGGAUAGACUUCAGUGCUUCAUUAACACAGGACUCUGAUGAAGUUCAGGAAAUGUUUUGUGAACAUUGUGAUAAACAUGACAAACGAUAUGUUCCUGCUGAAGGAUUUUGUGAGGAAUGUUUCGAGUACUUGUGUGCUAUAUGUGUGAAGUUCCAUAAAAGAUUAUUGGUCUCUCAUACCAUUAAGGAUAAGGAUAACAUGCCACAGGAUUUCUGUCGAGAGAAAUGUUCUGUUCAUCAAGAUGAAUUAGUCAAGUUCUAUUGUCAAGCAUGCAAGAAAUUUGCCUGUACUGAAUGCAAGACUCAAGACCAUGGGAACUGUAGUAUGGUCAAUCAUUUGCCAGUUCUUGUUUCAGGGAUUGAAAACAGCCAAGAAAUCAAAGGACUCACUGAAAAUCUUGAUGAGUUAAUGAAAGAUUUGGAGAAUACAGAAAAACAUGUUAACAUAAACAUGAAAUAUGUCGCUUCACAAGAAACAAAGAUAUUAGAUACAGUCAUGAAAAAAAAGAAAGAAAUAUUGUCAGUGUUUGAAAAAUAUCAGACAGAUAUAAUUCAAAACUUUGAGAAAAAAAAAGAAGAAAUCUUACAAAAACUUGAAGAAGAGAAAAAAGAGAAAAUCAACAAAUUACAAGAAAAUCAAAGGAAAUUAGAAAAGUUAUUAAAUGAUGAGGAAAAUGAAAUUAAGAGGAAAAUUGAAAUCAUAAAAAAGAAUGACAAGAAAGUUUUGCAGACAAUCACUGAAGAAACCUCCAAAAUAAAAACAAAAAUGAACAGCAUAUCAGCAGAGUUGGUGCAUCAUCAAGGUACAGAUCGAAGAUGUCAACUGUUUGUUGCUAUGAAGAUGGGGCAAGAAAUCAUUGAUCAAUUGAAACCAGAUGCAGAUAAACAAUGUACGAACAAUUCAAUUCAUUAUUACAAAGUAGAAUGCAAAGCUUCUAAACAAAAUAUAACCAAUUUACAAGACUGUGACAAAUUUCUCACCUAUCAAGAAAUACAUGAAUCUGAAGUACCAAGAACUGCAAGUUAUCACACAGGUAUUGAAUUCACAUGUUACACCUGGUCAUCUUUAUGUUUAUUAUCUGAAAACUGUCUUCUAGUUACUCAUUAUUAUAUUAGUAAGCUGAUUAUAUUCAAGAAUAUGUCAGUCAGCACUACAUCAUAUGAUACAAUAGACCUGCCUUCAAAACCUUGGGCAUUUGCUAAAGUUGACAAUAACAAAGUUGCUGUAACAUUUCCUGAACUUACAAUAGUAAGACUGAUAACAUUCUCUAAGUCUAUGACAGUGACCAAAACUGAAGAUAUAGAAGUAGGAGAAGGUUGUCAUGGUGUUGCCUAUAGUGACAACAAGCUUAUAGUAUCUUACCUAACCAUUCCAGCAACAGUGAAAAUACUUGACAUGUCUGGUAAAGUAUUGAAAACAUUUGAUAAAGAUCAGCAUGGGAGAUGUCUGUUUGUUAUUCCUAAUUACUUAACAGUCAGUGCAGACAACACUGUUAUAUAUGUAUCUGACUAUAAUACAAACUGUGUGACAGGUUUAACAUUUGAUGGGAAAGUCAAGGCAAUUUACAAUGAUGACCAGUUGCUGGGGCCAUGUCAACUGACAGUAGAUAGGUCUGGAGCAGUGUUUGUAUGUGGAUUAUGGUCAAACAAUAUACAUCAAUUAUCACCUGAACUGACCAAGGUGAAGAUUCUACUGGAUGAAGAACAAGGAAUGAACCAACCAGUAGGUGUGGCAUACUGCCAGAAUACAAACAGAUUGUAUCUGAAUCAAUCAGAAAGAAACAUGGAAGUGUAUGAUGUAUCACUGGAAUAAAACUAUUCUAUUUCUACCACUUCUUGAAACUAAAUUUACAAAAUGCUUCAGGCCUCUAGCCUAUUGCACGGCAAAUAGUGCAACACAUAGAAUUAACAAAAUUGGUUCAUUAUUUACAAAGUAUGAAUGAUUUAGAACACUGAUAACAAACUGUUGAAAAAAAAUGAAUAAUGGCAAGUCUGCUUUGACUCUGUUCAAAUGUUACACAGCUUUAUAAUUUAAAAAGGUGCCUUUUACUAUCCUUGAACAAAACAAAAUAUAAAGGGAAGUGUUAAGGCUUACAUAAAGCAAUAUUUAUAUAUGUUUUGAUUUAAUAAUAUGAAACAGCUCUACAUUCAUUUGUAAGAAUGUGGGCUGCAUGUUUUGUUUCUAUUUUAAGUUAAUUUGAAAUUUAAUAACAUUUGAUAUUGUGUAGUUUUAUCAGCAUAUCAAAACAAUAAAUCAGUAAACAGAUAAGCUUUAGUAUAAGUAAUAAAUCUAUAAUUAUUGUUGAAAUGCUUGACAUGUGGUCUUUGUUUGUCUUGGUUGGUUUUACCUUACACCAACACUAUUUUGGUCACAAUCUACCAGAACAGGAAAGAUAAUUUUGGCUCACAUCUGGUGUUACAAACU